CCAUUGCGCACACUCGGAAGCAAUGUGUUUCGCUAGAUGACUAGAUGUCACUGUACCUGACAGGCAAUGGGCUGUGUGGCCCGGUUCCGGCUCAAAUUAGAAAGAAAGUCACGUACUAGAGUUUCCUCUCGUGUAAAAUUUUAUAGUUUAGCUACUCGCGUGUCUGGUGUGGGGUUUGUACUUGCAAGUGAGUUACCGAGGAUGAUUCUUAGCGCCGCUUGACCACGUUCCAGCCUUGCGCGGAAUAGCCGGGUGGACAUUUUGUUCUGUGUCGUUGGUGUUUUAAAUGCUACACUGUUUGUACACCGUCGUGAAGCGAAAGUGGAAACGAAUUAUGUGAUUGUGGGCAUCAGCCAUGUUCUACAGGUGAUUUCUGUAGCGGUGGAACGUUGCAAGUUUCGUCUGUUCAGCUAGAAGGCACGCCCCUCCGCUCGGUAAAACUGGACGGUUGCCGAGGAUAAAUCGGUGUGCAUUUGUUUUCUGUGAUCAUGGCGGAUGAUGAGGUGCUGUUUGACGAUGUGUACGAGCUGUGCGAGAUCAUUGGCAAGGGCCCGUUCAGCGUGGUGCGGCGCUGCGUGCACCGCCACAGCAGCCACCAGUUCGCCGUCAAGAUCGUGGACGUGGCGAGGUUCACGUCCAGCCCGGGCCUCAGCACUGCAGACCUGAAGAGGGAGGCGACCAUCUGCCACAUGCUGAAGCACCCGCACAUCGUGGAGUUGCUCGAGACCUACAGCUCGGAGGGCAUGCUCUACAUGGUGUUCGAGUUCAUGGACGGCUCGGACCUGUGCUUCGAAGUGGUGCGCCGUGCCUCGGCAGGCUUCGUCUACAGCGAGGUGGUGGCCAGCCACUACAUGCGCCAGAUCCUGGAGGCGCUGCGGUACUGCCACGAGAACGACAUCAUCCACCGCGACAUCAAGCCCCAGUGCUGCCUGCUGGCGACCAAGGAGAACUCUGCCCCGGUGAAGCUGGGGGGCUUCGGGGUGGCCGUUCAGCUGCCGGGAGGCCAGCCAGUCGCAGGAACGGCCCUGGAGUCCAGACCGAUGCUCAGUCCCCAGGGUCAGCUCUACCUCAAGGCCGACAGAGAAGGUGCGUUGCGUCCCGCCUGCUGUCGGGUCGGCACGCCCCACUUCAUGGCCCCGGAGGUGGUGAGGCGGCAGCAGUACGGCAAGCCCGCGGACAUCUGGUCCACGGGGGUCCUGCUGCACAUCCUGCUGUCGGGCGCUCUGCCGUUCCUGGGCGCGCGGGAGCGGCUGUACGAGUGCAUCUGCCGCGGCAAGCUGCACCUGGACACGUCAAUGUGGGAGUCCGUGAGCGACACUGCCAAGGACCUGGUGCGGAGGAUGCUGGCGGUGGACCCCAAAGAGAGGAUCACCAUCCAGGAGAUACUGAACCACAAGUGGCUUAGGGAUCGAGACAAAAACUCGGCCAAGAUGCACCUGGCGGACACGGUGGAGGAGCUGAAGAAGUUCAACGCGCGCCGCAGGCUGAAGGGGGCCGUCAUGGCCGCCGUGUCGUCGCCCAAGUGGUCGUCCUGCUUCUCCGACCCGGGCAGCGACGGCUUCUCCGACUUCCGGGACGACGAUGUCACCUCCUUGGGAGCCGUGAGCCUGGUGCUGGACUCGCUGGACGACAUCCACUGUCUCCAGGAGGCACCGCUCACGGACCGCGACUUCCUCCACUCGGUGCUGGAGGAUCGCCAGCUUCACGCCCUGCUGGAGCUGUACGACCGCAUCUCCAGCAAGGUGGUGAGCCCGGCGCGGGCGCCGCCCAGCGACGCGGUGCUGAAGUGGCGGGAGGUGUGCGACGCGCUGGGCGAGCUGGACCUGCCGUGCCACGGCGACGAGGACAGCAGCACGGGCGAGCUGCGCGACCUCCUGUGCCGGCCGCACCUCAGGGCGCUGCUGCAGGCCCACGAUGUGGCGGCGCACGAGGUGUACGGCGAGGAGGCGGUGCGCGUGACGCCGCCCCCGCUGCUGCCCUACCUCAACGGCGGCGACCCUGACGGCCCCGACGGCGACGUGGACCUGGAGAACGUGACGCGCGUGCGCCUCGUGCAGUUCCAGAAGAACACGGACGAGCCCAUGGGCAUCACGCUGAAGAUGAACGAGGAGGGCAAGUGCAUUGUGGCGCGCAUCAUGCACGGGGGCAUGAUCCACCGCCAGGCCACGCUGCACGUGGGCGACGAGAUCCGCGAGAUCAACGGCGUGCCGGUCGCCAACCAGUCCGUCAACGCCCUGCAGAAGAUCCUGAGGGAGGCACGGGGCUCCGUGACGUUCAAGAUCGUGCCCUCGUACCGCAGCGCGCCGCCCCCGUGUGAGGUACAAAUCUUCGUGCGGGCGCAGUUCGACUACGAUCCGCUGGACGACGACCUGAUCCCCUGUGCCCAGGCGGGCAUCGCGUUCAAGACGGGGGACAUCCUGCAGAUCAUCAGCAAGGACGACCACAACUGGUGGCAGGCGAGGAAGGACAACGCCGCGGGAUCGGCGGGUCUCAUCCCCUCGCCGGAGCUCCAGGAGUGGCGGACCGCGUGCAUGGCCAUGGAGAAGAGCAAGCAGGAGCAAGUGAACUGCUCGAUAUUCGGCCGCAAGAAGAAGCAGUACAAGGACAAGUACCUGGCGAAGCACAACGCCGUGUUCGACCAGCUCGACUUGGUCACGUACGAGGAGGUCGUCAAGCUGCCGCUGUUCCAGAGAAAGACGCUGGUUCUUCUGGGGGCUCACGGCGUGGGCAGGCGGCAUAUCAAGAACACCCUCAUUGCGAAGAAUCCGGACAAGUACGCCUACCCCAUACCACACACGACGAGGCCUCCGAGGAACGACGAGGAGAACGGUCGCAACUACUACUUCGUCUCGCACGAUGAGAUGAUGGCGGACAUCGCAGCCAACGAAUAUCUCGAAUACGGUACCCACGAGGAGGCGAUGUACGGCACCAAGCUGGAGACGAUCCGCAAGAUCCACCAGGAGGGCCGGAUGGCGAUCCUGGAUGUGGAGCCCCAGGCCCUGAAGGUGUUGCGCACCGCGGAGUUCGCUCCGUAUGUGGUGUUCAUCGCGGCGCCGGUGCUCCAGAACAUGGCAGACUACGACGGCAGCCUGGAGCGCCUGGCCAAGGAGUCGGACCUCCUGCGGCACGCCUACGGCCACUUCUUCGACCUGACGAUCGUGAACAACGACAUCGAGGAGACGAUCGCGGCCCUGGAGAAGGCGAUCGAGCGAGUGCACACCACCCCGCAGUGGAUCCCGGUGUCGUGGGUGUACUGACACCAGCUCAGCCCGGGGUCCCUCAUCUCGCUGCAGUAGCACCGCUGUCCUCUCCCCUUGCCCCGUACCUAGUCGCUCCCCGCCCGCCCCCACGGUGUACAUACUCUUCUGGAAGGAUUCGACUGUGAUAAGGAUCUGCGCGAGUAUCGUGAUGGAAGGAGAAAGGGAAAUUCAAACCUUCAAAAAGAAAAGAAAAA